AUGACAAAAUUAUUAUUUUUUGUUGGUUUGUGUAUGUGCUUUAAGGGGACGCUGCAACUAGUGCCCUUGCCGGACUUCAUCCAUCCAUGUGCAGAGCUAACAGACGAAUGCUUUACCAAGGCAACCAUAGAUGCAAUACCAGGUGUUGUCAAAGGUAUUCCAGAAGCGGGGAUUCCACCUUUGGAUCCGCUAUACUUGGAUAAGAAUAUUACCAUGGAUCUCCCAGGAAACGUCAAGAUGACAUUUCACAAUGGAAAGCUGUCUGGAUUAAGUACUUGUCAUCCAGAUAAAGUUUCAUCUCGCCGUGAAAAGAGAACAUUUUUCUUCGAUAUGCACUGUAACUUCACGAUCAGAGGACAAUACAGCAUCGAUGGAAGAAUAUUACUUUUCAACCUUAACACCGACGGAGAUGCGAAAAUUAAAAUUUGGAAUCAGCGAGUGCGUUUGGAGGUUUUCGAAAAGGUUGUCAAGGAAAAAGAUGAAGAAUGGCACUUCAAAAUAAACUCGUACAAAUAUAAGGCUGAUUUCGGAACGGAUUUAAAACUAAACCUUACUAAUCUAUUUAGAGGCAGCCGAGAAAUUAGUGCAAACAUUCUUGAAGUUCUAAAUGAGAAUUCCCAACUGGUGGCUCAAGAAUUCGGAGGGCCUAUUCUGGACUACGCCAUAGAUUAUGCAAUGAACGUGACACAACGCUUCUUUAGCACGUACACAUACAACCAACUCAGCCAUGUACCACUAUCAGAUGAAUUCUUCGAGAAGAGUUAA